AUGACUUAUAUCAUUAAUAUUCCUGCACCAACUACAGCAUUUGAUCCAAACUCGACGGUUUGCAGUGUACCUUUCAUAAAUGACAGUUCAUUAAUUACUUUAAGGGAUUCGACAGUAAAUGAAUCAUUAAAGGCGUCAUUAAUGAAAAUCAUUGAUUUUAAUUCAUUCACGAAUACAUAUAAUUCAUUCAUUAAUGUUUCAUAUGCUUCUAAAGAAGGUGAGCCAAAAACUAUUGAUAAAGCGGUGUAUGAAAUAAAAGCAUCAACGACGAAAUUGAAUUCGUUAACUUUUGACGGUGAUAGUUUCGUUAAUGACAUAACAUCGGGGAAAACAAUUUUAACGAAAGAAUACUUAAAAUCUCAUGUUAGUGAGUUCGUUGAAAUUGAAAAAGAAGGUGGAAUUAAGUUCGAUCCACUGAAUUUCAUUUUCAGCUUAGCGAAUGCGGGUGUUAGUUUCGCUGAAUGGACAACUAUACAGAGUGAAAUAAAUGCAAUAUGGACGUUUUUGGGGUCAAAAGCGGGAAUGGGUGAGCUUGUAAAUGCUGCAAGAACAUUAGGUGAAACAGGAAAUUUUGUAGAUGGUUUUAAAAGACUUGUUUCAAAUGUUUUAACAAACACAAAGAAAUUAUUUAGAUAUACCGUACAUAACGGACGGAUUUUCGAACAGAUAGCAACAAACCCUCCGGUUAUGGCUGCGUUGAUAAUGGUUAGAGAUAUAAAACCACGUAACGACGGGAACGAAGAACAUGAACAACAGGAUACUGGUCGGGUUAUUCGAGACAUUAAAAACGUGUAUCCUGAAGUUAUUGAUUUAUUUAGAGGAGUUAAUGAUUCAAUUUCAAAACAUUCUAUAA